AUGGGAAGUGAAGGUUCAAAAAUUCGACAAACGAAAUCAACCACAAAGAAAAAGUUAUCAGCUAAUGCAAGUCCAAAGCAUAUUAUACCCCCAACAAUCAAAGUCAUUAAUUCUGUGAGCUGUAAUGAUAAUCUGCUCAACGUUGCCAUGUUUAAUUCAAUGAUAGAUUUCGGUAUGCAAAGUGGUCAUUCGUCGUCCAGAUGUUCACUUGAUUUGGACAUCAAUCGUAGUCGAUCUGAAAGUAUGUGUAGCUCAAGGAGUACGUCGAAACAGAAGCACCCAAUUCCGAUUCGUAAUCGACAACUGAUUCAAACUUGCUUCCAAAAUCCACACGAAAUUCUCGGACAUAAAAUUCUUAAACGAGUUUAUGAAAAACGAAAUGAUUUCGCUAAAUUCUACUCUAAAUUAAGUAGUGAUCAACGUGAUGAUAUAGAAGAAGAGGUGAAACUGCUGCUCAAAAAAACCGUAGCCAAUAUCAAUUUCAUAGACGAAAUUCAACGAUUAGCCGAAGAGUUUGGCAGUAAACAUGUCAAGUUCCGGGCCUUUGGUUUUAAACCUGAUUUUUUUGGAGCUUACGCUGAUGCUACCAUUACCGAAUGCACAUUCCUGGAUAGCGCUGUAUAUUCAUCAGUGCGCGAUGGUUUUUAUGCAGAGAUGCGACGCAUGAGACGGGCAUCAAACAGCUUUAGCACGGGUUCCAAUUCAUCUUCAUACGUUAAAAAAAUUCUCCUUUCUGAUGCUGAUAUCUCAACAAGAUCAGGAAGUUCAGAUAAUGACUCCGAAGGAUCCGAUUUUAGUUCACCAGUUGUGAUUACCGUCAACGGUUAUAGUAUGUUAAAGCCGUCAGCGCCCAAUCACUAA